AUGUUCAAUACUAAAUGUCAGCCGGUUUGAUUUCUUCAAAACUUUUUUGAAAAAGUAAAAAAUAAAAUUCAGUUUGUACAGACUCAGUGUAACGUGAACUUGAUUUUCGAAAAAAAUGAACUCGCUAACAAUACCUCCAUCUCCAAAUUGGUACGAAACAUCGAUAUUGGCUUGCUCGCUAGACAACACUGUAAUCUAUGGAUCAAAAAAUGAUCUUGUGAUAAUAAAAAAAACUAAUAUUGAUGUGCCAAAUCAAGUUAAAAUAAUUCCAAGGGCGCAUUCGGAAAAAAUAGUUUCAGUAGGGGUAAAUAAAAACUGGGGACAACCAUGCAAGUUUGCAGUUACCGCCUCAGAAGACAAAAUUGUGAAAGUAUGGAAUAUAAACACUAUGAGAAAAUACUCUUCUCACAGCAAGCAUGUAAGUCAGAUUUCAAGUAAUGUGACAUCUUUAAAAAAUGUUGAUUUUCAGCUCAAUCACGGUAGGAUUAUUGGAGCAACCUUUUCUGGAGACGAAAAAGUCAUCAGUGUGUCUGAAGAUGGUGUAAUUGUUGUAUGGAAUCUAUCGGUGAAUGUGACUACUGUUCUCCAGGAUUUACUGGGAGUCAGAUCGAAUGUCACUUGUAUUUCGAGUUGCCCCCAUGCAAGUUGGUUGCUGGCAGUGGGUUUGAAGAAUGGAUUGGUUAUUAUUGUGGAUGUUAGAAGAAAUGGACGAGUAUUGUAUAAAUUGCGUGGUCAUGAAAAGAUGGUGUUAUCUCUAUCCUGGUGUCCCGUUCCUUUCAACAUCUUCCCUAAAAAUCCAAUGAAUAACAUUGCCUACAUGGAUAAAAAGGAAUUACCCAAAACUGAACUUCACAAAGCAGAAGUAGAAAAACAAAAAUUGGAAGAUUCAUCAACAACAUCAAUCAAUUAUGAAGAAGCUAGUUCUAGUGAUCAACUUCAAAGUAGUAACCUUCCUGGUGCAGCAGAUAACUCAGCAUCGACGGAAGAUCUUGAAGGGAGUUCCGAGGUGGCCUCAAGGACUACUGAAAUUACUCUGGUGACUUUAUCUUCGAGAGAUGUCAGCGCAGAAUUAGAAGAAGCGACAGGGGAUGGGAGCCUUCUGAAUCUAACUAAAGAAGAAGGUGAUGGAGACGAAAGACAAGCUGCUAUGGCAGAUCCUGAAGAACACACGGCUGGCGGUCCGGACGAUUGUCUAGUUUGUAGUACACCAAAAAAAGCUACAACUGUUCCAGCAAUCACUGUCGAUCCAGUAACUUCUAGCGGAGAGAUGGACAAAAAAGUUGAAUCGCAUAUGGUAGUUUCUCCCGAAGGAACUGACCCUCAAAAUCCAAAUAUUCAAGAAGAAGUUUUUCGUUAUGAAUCAACAGAAUCGCAUGGCAGAGAGGAGGAACAAAUUCGGAGAGAAUUUCUGUUAGCUUCAUCUGCAAAAGAAGGUCUCUCAAAUAAUUUUUUCCUGUCAUUUUUCAGCAAGUCGAGGCACAUGUCAAUUAUUCAUAACGAACACAGUCCAAGGCUGUUUUGCAUAGCUGGUCCAAUGGAAACGUAUGAUGAAAGCAACUGGUUAGAUUGCCAAGGAUUGAACGCUUGGACUGUGGGUCAAGAACGGAUGUUACUGAAUACGGAGCUGUCCACCAAUAAAACGAGGUUAGCUUGCUAUCCCACCCUGGCAGGCACAGUGCCUUGCAUGGAGCUUUCACCUUUAGAUCCAAAUAGGUUAGCGAUGGGUACAGGAGACGGUAUCGUUAGGAUUUGGGAUUUGAGUCGUCCCCACAUAAAAAAUAUCACUAUGACUUCUUUUCACCAGAAGAUUCAAAGUAAGGUUACCGCUCUGGCCUGGCAUCCUAAGAAAGAAAUGACGUUGGCCUUUGGAACUGUAGAGGGCAGGAUUGGAUAUUUGGAUACAGGCAGCAAAUCAAAAAUACCUACGAUUUUACCACAUUUCUUCAACGCCCACAUAUACAAGAUGGAAUGGGCUCCGGUGAGCAAAAAGAAUGAGUUUGGUUUGUAUGCUAUUGCCGAUGGAAGUAUAGCUUUGUACGAUAUAACCAAAUCAGAAGAAGGUCCUUUGGAAGUCGAUAAACCUGAUAACGUCUUCAUCUAUUCGUUUUCCUGGAAAAAGGACUAUUCGAUGAUGGUAGCUGCGACCAAAUUUGGAGUCGUUUUGGUGUAUUCACCUGACCUGAAGAUUCUGUCUAAGCACUAUUGUCAGGAAAGGGUUUGCGAGAUCGUUUGGCAUCCUAAUGCUACGCAACCAUACUUAAAACAAGCUAACUGGUUUGCAAGCAUAACAAAUUCCAAGAAAGUCAUAGUGUACCGUUUCGACAUCGAAAAUGAAAAGGAAGUGAUUCAAAUUGUUGCUAAAUACGAGGGAUUUGGAGAUUUGAUCAAUUCUAUUUGUUGGAGCCCAUAUCGUGGCAACCAGCUGUUGAUUGCUGGUGAUAGCGGAGCAGCCCAGAUAUGGGAUGUAGAAAGAAAUGUAAUUCUCUCGACUUUCACGAAUUCUGUUUUUGAGGGAAUAACGAGCGCAAUCUUCAGUCCCGCUGACCAAGACUAUGCUAUUUGCAGUGCUAAAAACAGCACUGUGGAGAUAUAUAAGAUUUCAGAGUACCCACGAAAAGAUCCAAAAGAUAUGUUUAUUUCUAUUUUAGAAUUUUCAAGAGAAAAGCAAAUUGUCUUGAGAGCAUUCGAGCCGGUUUCGGGAUCCUCUGCAAGCGCAGAACUUUACGAAGAAAUGCACAAGGAAAAGAAAAUUACCAAGAGCGUUAUCCUUCCCAUAUUCAAUACUUCAAGAUCAUCGUCUCACGUCGUCUCCGAUAUCAGGAGAUUAAUGAAAUGGAAAGAAAAUCCUGAAAGUGUUGAACCUAGUGCUGAAGAUCGCCGCCAUCCUGACAUUUUGGAUGUUUUCGGGGCGAGUAAGGAAGAUAUGUUUAAGGUGAUCAGUAUGAAUGAAAACAUCCAUAAGUCGAAGGGUAAAUUCUUCAACAACACAGUUCUUUCGUUGUUCAAAGGAGACAUAAGCACUUCCAUAAAAGAGGCCAUUGAGGAGAAGAGAGUGACUCCUUAUAUACUUUCCCUUGCACCGAUGGUGUCACCAAAAUUGUGGCAAACUGCCUGCGAAACGCUUGCAAAUCAACUGCUCGAAGACACAGAACCGAAUUAUCUAGAAAUUUGCACAUAUUUUUUGGCUUGCCACAAGGUAGACAAGGCGAUCAACUGUUUAUGUGAUGCUUUCAUGUUCCGCGAGGCUUUAGCCCUAGCCAAGUGUCGACUAACAGAAAACGACGAAAUCAUCACAGAGAUAAUAGAGAAGUGGGCGAAGAAUGCCAUGCACACCGGAAAUUAUGAAUGUGCAGCUCAGUGUUACAUAUACCUCGGAAAAUACGAAGACGCUGCUUCAGUCCUCUUCCGUAGGUCAGACCUUGACAUCAUAGAACUCGCAGUAGAGUUGGCCGAGAAAUCUGAUAAUGAAGAGCUGCUUAAAGCUGUGCUCAUGAGGUAUGAAUCCUUCAAAAAUAUGCGCAGAGAUGAGAGAGAAGCAGCACUACCGACGAGAAGUGAACUAUAUCUACAGAAACAGAGAGAAAGUGCGAUGGCAGGAUCUUCGGGCUCCUCAAAGAAGCCCAAAGAGAAGAGAAAAGCUGCCUCUGGGAAAACAGACGAAAGAGCCGCCACGGAAACCGAAGACUCACGCAAAGCUGUAACUGAGACAGAGAGCUCCAAAAACGCUGAAACCAAAGAAAAUAAUUCAAAGACAGCUGUCUCAGUGAAGGACAACUCCGAAGAUGUCGCUAAGGUAGUCACAGAAACAGACGAUUCCAUCAAGGCUGUUACAGAAGCAGAAACCUCCAAGGAUGCUGAAACAAAUGCAGAGAACUCGGAAGGAGUUGUCACAAAAACUGACAGUUCGGAUGGAGUCACUGAAGUAAAUAACUCUGAAGGUACUGUUGAAAAGGCAGAAGACUCCAAAGUUGCUGAAACAAACACAGAUAAUUCCGAAGGAGCUGCGCCAAAGAAAGAGAAGUCCGACAGCACGAAUACCAAUACGGAGAACUUGGAUGAUGCUAAUACGAAGACAAACCCCUCCAAUAGCACUGUAGAGGGUGUUUCUGAAGAACAACUAGCCAGUGGCGACUGUUGUACCAAAACCUCGGCUGAAGAACCUCCAAGUAGUGAAGGAGCUUAGGGCAAUACACCUUGAAAAAAAAAAGAGAAACUACAGUCGUUUUACGUUGAAA